GACGAUGGGAACCUUUCUUAAGUAGGUCGAGUUUUCACUGUAUUGGUGGGACGGUGUUGACUGCGACACGCUAACAGCAUCCCCACAUCAUGGCAGAUAAGAGACAGCGGAUGAGAAUCCAGGGCUCCUGGGCAGGGCCGACCAGGAAGCCAGCCCCUGGCCUGCCAGCAGCUACUGGAAGUGGUGGGAGAGCUAGCCUCCCCUGUGUAGUCGGCAGUGCCUGGGGGGGAGCGGAGAGGAAGUUUGAAUUUCAGCAGCCCACACAGGUGAAAAGGAAAGUGCCAGAGGUGAUGAUCAUGGAGAAGGAAGGAGAGUUUGAGAUCAGCCAGGGCCCCUCUGGAGUGUCCAGGCUGCGUCUCAUUCCCUCUUUCCUCCCUAUCAGUGAGGCGGACAGGAUGUUUGCACAACUCUUGGCAGAUCUCCCCUGGUCGCAGAAAUCAAACCUGCUGCACGGAGAGUCCUAUGAGGAGCCCAGGCUGACCUGCUGGUUUGGAGAGCUGCCCUACACCUACUCCCACUCCACCCUGCAGCCCAACACACAGUGGCACCCUGUGUUGACAGAGCUGCGGCAGCGCGUGGAGCUGGCAUUGGGACACUCCUUCAACUCUCUCCUGUGUAACCUGUACCGGGACGGCAAGGACAGCAUCGCCUGGCACAGCGACUCUGAGCCCUCCCUGCGGCCAUGGCCCACCAUCUGCUCCCUCAGCCUCGGGGACACCCGCAACUUCGAGAUGCGCAAGCAGCCUGCUGAGCCCUUGUAUCCUUGGCAGGAAGAAAACGGAGACUACACCUACGUAGAGAGACUCAGAAUCCCUCUCUCUCAUGGGACGCUGCUGCUCAUGGAGGGGGCAGUGCAGGAGGACUGGCAGCACCGGGUGCCCAAAGAAUACCACGACAGGGGGCCUCGGAUAAACCUGACAUUUCGGAUGAUCUACCCUGAGCCGGGACCACGCUGAGGGAAGGGUCUCUCCAGUAUAGUGGAGUCUGUGUCCCACACCCCCGAACACUGUGAUGCCAACCUGAGUUCUGGACAGCCAUUGAGUACACAACUGGCAAGGAAACACAGGGGACUGUGAAUAAACAAUUUAAUUUUUUUUUUUUUUUUGGGACAUGAGCUCUUUCACUUUAUUAUGUUUGUUACUAUUAUUAAACUGUAUGAUACACA